UGGACGCGUUGGAGAAAGUGGUCAGCCCCCAAUCAGGGUGGGAGGGCUCAGCGGACUUCUCCAGCGCCCUGUCAGAAACGGCAGUGAGAGGGGGGAGGCGCUCGAGGUGAGAAGGCCCGGCGGCUGACAGGUUGUGUGGUGUCCGGAGCCUCAAGCCUGGUGUGUGAGCGAGAGUCUGAGAAAAAUGGUGUGUGACAGACGGCGUGACAGAGCUAGAGUGUGUCUCCCUAACGGUGUGGGAGAUUGGGACUGUGUGACAGAGUGACGAGGUGCGUGGUCUUGUGGGUACGUGUGGUUUGCUUUGGCGGACGCUCUAGGUUCCCUCAGUCGCUGCCUGAGUUAAGUGACCACAAGAAAAGGAGCCCUGUAUUAAGCCCUAGAAUGUGUGUUUCCGGCAAGAAGACACAGGUCGAGUCUUGAGAUGAGAAUUUUACAGUUUUACAUCUGGAAGUCCCCUGGGAAGAUGUGUACGAUUCCUCUUUGCGGGGCCAGCUUCACGUGUCAGCACCGCUGCAACCAGACCUCUGUCCCCAGGAAUUGCUCUCAGCUGAGUUGCAGCUUCCCCUUUAAUUCCGUUUGUUUGUGUGUGGACGACGGCAGAUGUGCCCCCGGAGAGUGUUUUGUUUGUUUUUAGUUAGGUCUAUCUGUGUUCCAAGGAAUUCUGGUGUCUCACGAUUUCUUCUCAUCCCUUCUCGCCGUCCCUACCGACCCCCUCACCCCCACCUCCUCCGCCACCCCCGGUGCUGCUGGGCUUCUGAGACGACCCUGAGACGUAGGAAAUAACGGUUGCAUAUUUUUUGUUGCAUACUUAGAAAUCAAGGUUCAGAUGAAUUUGUCUUUCUUUUUUUAAUUCAUAGUUCCCUUUGUUUCUUAUCUCUCUCUGCUUCUCUUUUUUAAGUCUUUAUUGAAUUUGUUACAACGUUGCUCCUGUUAUAUGUUUUGGGUUUUUUGGCCAGAGGGAUCGAGCUCACACUCCCUGGAUUGGAAGGCGAAGUCCUAACCAUUGGACUGCCAGGGAAGUCCCACCUUUGUUUAUAAUUAUGAGAAUUUUUGUUUUCCUUGACGUUAAAUAUCUCCAUUAGUAGUGUCUGUCCUGGGCCUUCUGGUGAAUGACCCACCACGCUGAUGCAGCCCUUUCCCCAGAGACCCCCUAUUGUCCUUCUCCUCAGUCAGUAGCCAUCUGUUCAUAUGGCAAAUUGUUCAAAUCCUCGGAUGCAUUGGAAGACAUUUUUCAAGGAUUAUAUCCAAAUGUUUUAAAUUGACCAUUCAGUGAAGAAUGAGAAUGGUGUAGCCACACUGGUUAAGUAUCUACUCUGUAGGAAAUAUUGUUGUGUUUAUGUGUGUAGAUUGCCCUGCUCUGACUUUGAAGGGAAAAAAUAAUUUGUGUUCAUUCACAGGAGAAUCUUGACAGUGAAAGUGUCUCACUGUGCUACAGCUACAAGAUGUUGAGGAGCUGCUCUGGCUUUUCUGGACUCUGUGCUUCACCAAUAGAGGAACUCUAUGGAGCACUAAUUAGUUCCUGGGAUUCUAGAACCAUGACUGACGGCGUGGUGACAUUCAGGGAUGUGGCCAUUGACUUCUCUCAGGAGGAGUGGGAAUUUCUGAACCCUGCUCAGAGGGACUUGUAUGUGGAUGUGAUGUUGGAGAACUACAGCAAUUUGGUCUCACUGGAUUUGGAGUCGACAUAUGAGACAAAAAAUACAUUUUCAAAAAAGGACAUUUUUGAAAUAAAUUUUUCCCAGUGGAAGAUAAAGGAAAGAAGUAAAACCAUUGAGCUCGAGGCAUCCAUUUUCAAAAAUAACUGGAAGUGUAAGAGCAGAUUCAAGGGGCUCCAGGGACACCAAGAGAGAUUGUUCAGUCAAGUGAUAAUCAGCUAUGAAAAAAUGCCCACUUACAAAAAGCAUGAAUCUCUUAUUGCACAUCAAAGAACUCCUAAUCAAGAAAAACCUUACAUUUGUAAGGAAUGUGGGAAGGCCUACAAACAUGGCUCAAAACUUGUUCAACAUGAGAGAAUUCAUAUGGCUAAAAAACAUUUUGAAUGUAAAGAAUGUGGGAAGGACUUUUUAAGUGCCUAUCAACUCACUGUGCAUCAGAGAUUUCAUACUGGUGAGAAACCUUAUGAAUGUAAGGAAUGUGGGAAGACCUUUAGUUGGGGAUCAAGCCUUGUUAAACAUGAGAGAAUUCAUACUGGUGAGAAACCCUAUGAAUGUAAAGAAUGUGGGAAGGCCUUUAGUCGUGGCUAUCACCUUACUCAACAUCAGAAAAUUCAUAUUGGUGUGAAAUCUUAUGAAUGUAAAGAAUGUGGGAAGGCCUUUUUUUGGGGCUCAAGCCUUGCUAAACAUGAGAUAAUUCAUACAGGUGAGAAACCUUAUAAAUGUAAAGAAUGUGGGAAGGCCUUCAGUCGUGGCUAUCAACUUACUCAGCAUCAUAAAAUCCAUACUGGUAAGAAACCUUAUGUAUGUAAAAUUUGUGGAAGGGGUUUUUGUUGGGGCUAUCAACUUACUCGACAUCAGAUAUUUCAUACUGGCAAGAAACCCUACGAAUGUAAGGUAUGUGGGAAGACCUUUAAUUGUGGCUCUAGUCUGGUUCAACAUGAGAGAAUCCACACUGGUGAGAAACCCUAUGAAUGUAAAGAAUGUGGAAAGGCCUUUAGUCGUGGCUAUCACCUUACUCAACAUCAGAAAAUCCAUACUGGUGAAAAACCUUUUGAAUGUAAGGAAUGUGGGAAGGCUUUCAGUUGGGGUUCAAGCCUCAUUAAACACGAGAGAGUUCAUUCUGGUGAGAAAUCUUAUGAAUGUAAAGAAUGUGGAAAAACCUUUGGUAGUGGCUAUCAACUUACUCGACAUCAGAUAUUUCAUACUGGUGAGAAACCCUAUAAAUGUAAGGCAUGUGGGAAGGCCUUUAAUUGUGGCUCAAGUCUGGUUCAACAUGAGAGAAUCCAUACUGGUGAGAAACCCUAUGAAUGUAAAGAAUGUGGAAAGACCUUUAGUCGUGGCUAUCACCUUACUCAACAUCAGAAAAUCCAUACUGGUGAGAAACCUUUUAAAUGUAAGGAAUGUGGGAAGGCCUUUAGUUGGGGUUCAAGCCUUGUUAAACAUGAGAGAGUUCAUACUGGUGAGAAAUACUAUGAAUGUAGAGACUGUGGGAAGGUCUUCAAUAGUGACUAUCAACUUAGUGUUCAUCAGAGAUUUCAUACUGGUGAGAAACCUUAUCAAUGUAAGGAAUUUGGGAAGACCUUUACUUGUGGCAUAAGCCAUGUUCAACAUGAAAGAAUUAGUAAUAAUGAUAAACCCUACAAAUACAAAGAGUAUGGGAAACCUUUAUAUGGACAGCCUAUUCAAAUGGGGCAGUUGAUGCUGGUGAAACUUUAUGACUGAAGAAAUGUGAAAGAAUGUGUUUGUGUAUGUGUAUAGACAACUUACUUAAUGUGAGAAGUCUUACUCUUGAGAAACCUUUUGAAUGUAGGGAAUGUGAAAAACCCUAAACUGUAUGGAUAACUGAUAUCAGAAAAUUCAUAUUAGUGAGGAAUAUUUUGAAAAUGAGGACUAUGAAAAGGCCUUUCGACUUCUGUAUGAUCUUGAACAUCUAUAAUGAUGUGAAGCCAUUUAAAUGUAGGAAAUGUGUAAAGAUCUUUAAUUCAUAAUACAAAGUCUCAUAAGCAUUGGAAAAAUUAUGCUUGUCAGAAACUGUUAAAGGGAUUUGGGAAGAUUUUAAAUUUAGUUUGGUUCUUGCAUAUCAGAGAAUUCAUACUGCUGUGAAAUCCUGUGAAUUUAAGGAGUAUGGGAAGACUUGUAAUCAUGGUAAACAUCUUAAAAUACAUCAGGGAAUUCAUCCUAAUGAGAAGCCAUUUGACUUAGAAUUGUAGGAAGGCCUUUAGACAAGUGCUACUCCAGCUAUUGUCCAGAGACGUUCUGCCAGUCUAUAAAAUGAUUGCCUGUCAAUCAUGAGAUAAAUGCAGAAAGUGAGAGUAAAUGUUUGGAAACUUUCAUAGAAAUUUGAUAUUGCCAUAACAUUAUAUUUUACAAAAGUAUCAGUCAAUGAAUGAUUGGAAAUUAAAAAUGAAAAGUUUGUCCUUCCCUCUAUAAGUUGAGAGAUAACAUUCAUACUUUAAAACAGGAGACAAGUUACAAAGUAACUUAAUUAGAAUAAGAAAUUCUUCACUUGUCGGACAAUGAUUAGAGUAGCAGAAUACUUAAUACUUCAUAAGAUAUGUAUGAUGUAUACUUCAUCAGACUUUGGUAAAUCUGAAUAAGGAAAAGUCAAGAAAGUUGGCAACAUUGUAGAAUCAUUAAUAAGAAAAGAUAUAAUUAGAGAUAUGGAGUUUUUCUUUUUUUAUUUAAGGCAACACAAUCUAUUUAAACAUAUUUGGAUCAAUAAGCAAAGGAAAAGACUGAAAAAAAUUGCUCCAAGAUCUCUUUUUUUAGAAACAAUAGUUGGAAAUUGUCAUCUUCUUAGGUAUCAAUUUCAAGAGGAAAAAAAUUUUUUUUUACUAUCUCAUCUGGAUAACAUAUAUAUCUAGUAACAAAACUAAAUGGAGAUAGCCUCUAAAAAGCAAAAGCUAGAUUAAUUGAAUUUCCGUGCAUGCCUGUUCAGUUGCUUCAGUCAUGUCUGACUCUUUGUGAACUCAUGGCUGUAGCCCGACAGGCUCCUCUGUCCAUGGAGAUUCUCCAGGCAAGAAUACUGGAAUGGGUUGCCAUGCCCUCCUCCAGGGGAACUUCCUGACCCAGGUAAAUGCAAAAUUUUUAAUUAAAAUACCAGUAAGCAGAAUCCAGAUGUAAGAUUGCACAAUAGAAAAUAAUUUUUAUGGAAUAUCCAAGCCCCAAAUUUUCUGGUUUAAAUGGAAAUAUAGGCUAAAUGACCAAAAAAAAAAAAAAAAAAAAUCAGUAUAAGUUUAAUUCAUUCUGAUAGUUCAUCUUAGAUUUGUGUGACUUUUAGAGUAGGAAAUUACACGCAAUGACUUAAUUCUAAGAAGAAUUUAAUAUUUGUAAAUCAGAAUGCAUCUCAAAAUUGGUGACUUUUCAUUUUCAUCUGGGUGGCUGUUAUGAUUUAGUGCCGACAUGAAAGUAUAUUAGUUAUGAUGAAAUAAAAGAAUGUUUAUAUACUCAGAAUUUGACCUUUUAAAAAUGACUGAUUUCCAAAAAAUCAGUUACAUAAGAACUGGACUGACAAAUGUCUGUGGUUCAUCUUGGUCAUUGUUUUAAUCUGCACCUCACUUCUAUGUCCAUUUUUGCCGAGAGGCCAUCCAUGGUAUCUCUCUUCAGUCGUUUAUGGUCUAGUGGUUGACAGCAUUAUUCUGCAUAAUUGUAAUAAUCAAAUGUAACACAAAGCAGAAUACUUUGAGUGUUUUAAUAGAAUAUAUCAUCACCAGUUAGUAUUUUACUCCUCCUGGGUACCAUAUUUACAUGUUAACUAGGCGAUAUGGCGAUAGCACCUUAUCCUACCAUUUCUGAAAUUGUAGGUCUCAGAAGGCACCAGUGCUUAAUAGUACUUGAGGAACAAAGGAAAUUAAUUCUCUGAUUAAAGAAGCUUAUGAAGCAGCAUCUUCUAAAAUACCCUCUUAAAAAAAAAUAAUAAAAUAAAAUACCCUCUUAAGGAACUACCUAAAGUACCUUAUCAGCUUAUCAAAAGACUAAAGAGUAGUGAAGAAAAUUGUUCAACUGUGUUUAAGUUGGUGUAUCUCAAACUCCACUAUGGAAAUACCAAUUCUCAUGACUUAUAUAACAUCUUGAGAGUGUGAAACUGCAUUGGGAGGUGCAACCAUAACUAAAAGAGACGAUAAAGUUGGAAAUUUCAGUCACCAAGUCUGAUUGUUUAGCUAUGACAGGAUGACAGUAUCGUAUUCUCAGUUGCCUUCUAAUGUUUUCUCUUAUGAGUAAAUAUCUUUGUUGUGUCUAAGUAGGCAUGGCUCCUGAGUUUUAUCAAAUGCCAUUUUAUCAUCUCUUCCUGCAGUUGUAUUUAAUUUGUUACACUGUGAUAAUUAUUUAUACUGACAGACUCUUUGACUUCUUCCUGUUUCGGGUAUACUCAGGUUAGCCAUUGGUGUGCGUUUGUGUGUGUUUUGGAUGCACUACUUGAUUUCACUUUCUACUAUUUUAUUUAGAAUUUUUACAUCUUGUGAGUGAGACUAUAUGAUGAUUUUCUUUUAGAACAUUGUUUUUGUAUUGCGAUUACCUCUUCUUUGAAAUUGCAUGACUGUAUUGGAUUGUUUUGUUUUGAAUUGGAGGUCCUUAAUCAUUUU